AUGCUGUGAGCUUCGCGAUGCGACCGGAACCAGGUCAUAAUCAUUCACGUGAGGACUUCAGCAAUCGAAUAGAGAAGAGGGGGUCGGCUCCGUGUUCAAUGCCAUAAUUUCCAGAAAGUGGUCAAGUUCUACAGCCUGUUCAUACUGUUGUCAGUGACCACCAAGCCAGACGGUAUUCACUAAUCCACGUGUUCUUUUCAAUGGAAGGCAACCCGAAAGCAAGAUCUAUUCUUGAGUUUCUCACGCAUAGAAACCCUCAUGUCGUUUUAUCUCCGGACAGUAAUCCCAACACUCACAAUCCUGAUUUUUACUGGCCACGGGAGGUAAGAAAGUGGGAUGAGUUUCAUUUUGAGAAUUUGGAGAAGAUCUACGAAGGGCAGCUAAUGAAUGCCGCGCGAGCUCCUCGUUAUGCUCUUCUACAUUAUCCCUCCAUCUUAGUCAAAGAUUGCCGAAUUGAAGAUGAACCUAUGACAACAAGCUUGAUAACGAAAUGGAAUGAUUCCAUUGUUUCAAUUGCACUUGAAGCAGUCAAAGAUGAGCUCAACCCUUGCAUUUGGGUACAGAAAGCCUCCAAACCAGAUCGAUCAGAUCAUAAACAGAAAGUCGCCCUUCGACCUGAUGCUGGCGCUUAUUCUAUACAUGAGCAGGAUCACAGGACGAAGAAGGAAAGGUUCCCGAAAGACCAUAAAUGUGCACGCAGCUGGACUAGCCUAAAAAUACGUAAUGGGGAGCACGUAGACAAACGGACGGGAGAAUGGCGACCCGGCCGUAUCCGGCGCAAUGAUACUAUGCCCAUCCGCCAGGCAUAUACAUACUCUGUUGAGUUCGGAUGCCGGUACGGCUGCCUUCUUACAACAGAAGAAGCCUUCGUUUUCCGCAUCAGGCCGCGAGAUCAAUACUCGGCUGAACCAGGCUCUGCUGAAGAGCUGCUAGCCCCUCAGGAAGCUGUUAAAACGAGAGGUUUAAUGGAAUACGUGUCCAUCCCAUGGAGACAUGGCACAGACGAGAAUAAUGACAAGUAUCAAAAACUGACAGUGAAUCUUGCACUUUGGGUGCUCCAUGUCCUCGCUGGGAAUCACCACCAAAUCCUUGAUGACUAUCCCGAUCUACAUACAGAGAAACUCGUGCUACCAAUCGACAUGUCAGAGCCCACAAGACGAGUUGGCAGAAAAAGGUCUGUGGAGUCUGAAAGAGAUCGGGAACUGAAGUGUUAUCCUCAAAAGAGAACGAAGACGAAGAUAUCUCCAGACCGCAUGUACUUAUCAUUCAGCACUGAUGCCCCAUCCGGAACAGAGGUACGACCCAGUUGAAACACACCACUUACACUAAUUAGAUACUGCAUACUGAAGUUUGGUAAUCUAUUAGGCAUCCGACGACUCAACAACAGAAAGGAAUUCAAGUCCUGAUGAGGUAGAUGAGAUUACAAAGAGCGAGUCCCAUCCGCCAAGGUA